UCCACACGUCUGUCAUGUGCGAAACUUGCUGAAGAAACACUUCAUUAUCUCUAUUUUGCUGAAAAGCAUCGAACGACCACAACGAUAUCACUAUACCAAAGUGCAAAAUCGCGCCAAAAGUUCCAGUGACAAUGUUUCAUCGCAAAUUGGUGAUUAUUUCCCUGUUCUUGGUGCGUUUAACGAACGCACUCGACUGGCAAUACCACAACAACACCGAACUCGAGAAAUAUUUGAAAAAUUUCACGGCAACAACACGCGGGAUUAAAACCCGCCUUUACUCCAUCGGAAAAUCAACAAAAAACAACGACUUAUGGGUGGUGCGUUUGACCGCCGCCAAAGAGUCAAAACUAGGUGUUCCGAACAUUAAACUCAUAGGAACUGUCCAUGGGAAUGAGCCAGUUGGCCGCGAAAUUUUGCUCCACUUCAUGGAGUUUUUGCGCGCCAAUUACCGCACUGACCCGAAAAUCACCUGGCUCUUGGACAACACAAAAAUCCACUUUUUGCCCAACCUGAACCCGGACGGGUUCGCGCUAGCUAGCGAGAACAUGUGCGAGGGCGAAUACGGCCGGAAUAACGCUUUGCGCGGCAUGGACUUGAACCGGAACUUCCCGGAUUAUUUCCGCACCAAUCGGAUUCCGGAGGCGCCGGAGACCAAAGCUGUGAAAAAGUGGCUACGUGAGGUGCCCUUUAUUCUAUCGGCGGCUCUCCAUGGCGGGGCUCUGGUCGCGAAUUACCCAUUCGAUACAGUGCAAGAAUUGACUUCGUUCGAUACGUAUCCGCCCUCGGAGACCCCCGAUAACGAUGUUUUCGUGCAUUUGGCCGGGGUUUAUGCCAGGAAUCACCUGAAAAUGCACAAGGGUGAUGCUUGUAACAAGUUUCAAAAAUUCCAGGGGGGGAUUGUUAACGGGGCUGCGUGGUAUCCGAUUACAGGAGGAAUGCAAGAUUACAAUUAUGCAUUCCACGGCUGUAUGGAAAUCACUCUAGAAAUCUCGUGUUGUAAAUAUCCAAGCGCGGAAGACCUGCCACAGUUCUGGGAAGAAAACAGAAUGGCCUUGCUAAAUUACUGUGUGGAGGCCCACAGGGGCGUAACGGGCCAAAUCCUCGACAGGGCCACCCUCAAGCCCAUCGCACACGCAGCUCUGCGAGUUUCAGGCCGAAAUAUCACAUUCCGCACCGGAAAAACCGGAGAAUUCUGGCGACUCCUUCUGCCCGGAAACUACGAACUUGAAGUCACGGCGGAGGGAUAUUACGACCAAAGUGCUCCUUUCGUUGUCAGGAAUUUCAAUAAUUCGUUGCCGGAAUUGACCUUUUUGAAAAUCUAUUUGAUAAAUUCAAGUUUUAGCACCACGACGCAGAGAACUACAAGAGUGACGACGGAACUUGUAAGAGAGACUUUAGAUGGCGCUUCCACAACCGAUUCUUUCACUGAAAUAAUCGAAGAGAAGCAGCCGAUAAAUGCCAGACAAAUUCGCUUGAGCGAAGAAAGUUCGGCCAGUGGGAAUGGCACUUUUGUUUAUUUCCUGUUUUUACUUUCUUUUCUGACGAGACUGUUUGUCAACUGAAGGCUAAAAAUACCAAUACGGGGCCUGAGAUGGUUUUUGGGUCAUUAUGAGCGUCAAAAAAUAAUUAAUUAGUGCCUUGUUGUUGUUGUACAUAAUUAUUUCUUUAUGUUUUACGUAAUAUUGUACAAAUAAUUGAUGAAUAAAUGCUAAUGUUCCA